AUGACGGACGUCGUCGCCCCGGCUCCGAGCUCCACCUCGCAAGCUGCAAACUCCACGGAAGGAGACGCAGCUGCAGGGAGUGCACGACCGGAUAACUCUAUCCUGGUUUCCAUGGAUAAGAUCCCAGGCUUUUAUGCCCGCAUUGGCAAGAGAAUGCUCGUUGGCCGUGAUGACAAACCUGCUUGCGAUGAAGUCAUCAUCACAGGGCUUGGCAUGGCGACGAAGACCGCAAUCGGCGCGGCGUCUCUUCUUCAGAGGGACAACUCGGCGACUAUCACCAAGGUCGAAACUUCGUACUUCCCGUCCACUCGCACUGCUCUCAAGAUGGUCCCGAAGAUUACCAUUGUGUGCACAAAGACGCCCGAGUUUGCGGAGCAAAUCAAGAAGGACAAGGAGGCAGCCUUGAUGGAGAAGUCCCCUACGGCGAAUGCCGUUGCUGCGUGA